AUGGCAGCGCGGGUGGUGUUGGUGCUGCUGCUGCUGUCGGCCGGGACCGCUCGCACCUCCAGCGCGUGUCCCGAACCCCCCCGGUCCGAUCCGCUCCCGGACGGUCCCGGUGCCGCCGCCCCGUCGGGUCCGUCCGCUCUGAGCGCGCUGCUCCGCUCCAUGGGGCGCCCCCGGCACGGCGCUGCCCCAGAGCUGCAGCCGCAGAGGUUUCCCCGUGGGCCGGGGGCCCCUUCGUGGCUCAGCCCCCGAAGUUGGGAUCCCCCAUCCGCUCCAUUCUGGACCAUGGCCACACCGCAGCGCUUCGGCCGCCGUCGCUGAGCGUCCAUCCCCACAGCUGUCCGUGGGUCCGUCCCCCUGCAUGGGCCCGAGUCCGUCUGUCCGUGGGUCAUCCAAUAAAGCGGUGCCACCAAACCCUGAACGCUCGCAGUGGUUUUGCCUCAGGCAGGGGAGAUGAAAGGGGGAA